AUGAUUCUGUUUCAUAUGAAAGACCCAACAUCAUUUGCCCACGUCAGAUCAUUCGAAGGACAAAUGUGUUGCACUUACAGGGAAGCUUGCUUGCGACGGGGACUACUCGAGGAUGAGGGACUCUGGAACACGGCAUUGCAAGAGGCCUCUGAAUGCAGGACACCAGAAGCAAUGCGCCGAAUAUUUUGUCUCAUCUUCCUAUUCAGUAAUGUGUCUAACCUUCUUCAUUUGUGGGACACAUUUAAAGAUAGUUUUUCCGAAGAUCAUCUCCGACAACUUCAAGCCGAAGAUUCAACGGCUGGAUUCGACUUCAAUAACGUCAUCUACAACACAGCCCUCCUCGAUUUGCAAUCGCGACUGCAAGCUAUGGGAGGAGUUGGCGUCCUCAGAUUUCAGUUUGCCAUCUCCACGGUAAUUAAUUCCAACGAAGGACAACUUUUUUUCUUGGAUGCUCCCGGCAGAACCGGAAAAACUUUUCUCAUGAACCUCCUACUCGCCAAAAUUCUACAGGAAAAUCGCAUUGCCAUAGCGGUUGCAUCCAGCGGCAUCGCAGCAACUCUACUGCAUGGUAGUCGUACGGCACACUCACCAUUCAAAUUACCACUAGACUUGACCAAACAGGGAAAUCCAACUUGCAAUGUUAGUCGUGGCUCAGCCAUGGGGAAUCUUCUCACUGAGUGCAGCCUUAUCAUUUGGGAUGAGGCAGCCAUGUGUCAUAAGGCAGCAUUUGAGGCGCUCGAGCGGUCUCUUCAAGACCUGAGACGCAAUAUGAGAGUGAUGGGUGGAGUGAUUGUUCUGCUUUCUGGCAACUUCCGACAAACUCUACCUGUCAUUCCAUGGGGGACAAGAGCUGACGAGGUAAAUGCUUCCAUAAAAUCAUCCUACUUAUGGCACCACAGCGAGAAACUUCACCUGAGUACGAACAUGAGAGUUCACGUGUUUGGCGACGAAAAUGCGGCCACAUUCUCGGCGCAGCUUCUCGAUGUUAGUAAUGGAACUGUAGCUGGCGAUACUGAUAGUUUCAUCCAUUUACCAUUUGGUAACUUCGUGCCUACCAAAGAUGAUUUGAUUUCUGCAGUUUUUCUUGACAUUGCAAGCCAAAACCUUCACAAAACUUGCCUACAAGGAAUAGCAAUUUUGGCGCCUCACAAUAAAACAGUCGACGCUAUCAAUAAUAAACUUUUCGAUCUCCUUCCUGGAGAAAAACUCUCCUUCAAGUCCAUUGACACGCAUGAAAACCCGGAUGAUAUGACCGUUGUCACAACAGAAUUUCUGAAUUCCCAAAUGCCCACAGGACUUCCGCCUCACGAACUCCAUCUCAAUGAUGGCGCGCCCAUCAUGCUGCUGCUGAAACUAGAUGCUCCAAUAAUGUGUAACGGAACCCGGAUGAUAAUAAAAAAUAUAUACUCACGAGUUCUGCAGGCAACCAUCUUGAAUGGACCAGCCACUGGUCAAGAUGUUCUUAUAACCCCAAUGUCCCUCACUCCCUCCGAUACGAUCUACAAAUUUAAGCGGCUUCAAUUUCCUAUCAAACUCUCCUUUGCAAUGACAAUAAAUAAGGUACAGGGUCAAUCAUUGCAAAUGGUUUGUUUAAAUCUCACAGAGCAAGUGUUCUCGCACGGUCAACUCUUCCUUGGAUGCUCCCAUCUUGGCAGCACACAAAGUCUAGACAUUUGUGCAUCAGAAGGGAAAACGAGAAAUAUGGCCUACAAAGAAGCGCUCCACUGA